AUUUAGUCAUUGAUAAUCAUCGCGUCAUCAUAUUAUUGUGCGAUUCAUCAUAAUAUAUAAAUAUAAAAAUUUUAAUUAUUAGUUAAUUAAUAAAUAUUUAAUUGUGGUUGAAAUUUUUUUUAUUAGUAUUCAAAUAAAUAUUUAAAUAUAAAUAUAACCAAUAACGUUUGUCAAAUCGUAAAAUAUAAAACAACAAUACAAUGACUUACUUAAAUUUAAUAAAUUUAUUAAUAUGAUUUUAGUUAAUUAGUUUAAUAUUUAAAUAAUAAUUUAAAUGAGCACGAUGACUGUCAAUUAUUGAGUGAUUGGGUAGUAUGUAACAAGAUGUACAGUUUCGAAGGGGAUUACAGAAGAAAGCCUCAGCAAAAUUUAGCUGGUGCCAGUAAGAGAAAUGAAAAGUCGGUGUUGCUUCAGCAUGCCCAUCUUGAACGCAUGAAACGUGAAGAUAUCCGUCAACGUAAUAAUGCUACUUUGAAAAUUCAAGCUUACACGAGAAGUUACUUGAUACGUCAGUCAAUAAAACGAAGGAGUCGACAAGAGUUCGAUAAUGCGAGAUCUCAACUGACUGUCAAAUUUUUAUCUCUUGAUAUUUUGGAGCCUUAUGUUAGAAGUGUACUAUUUUUUUAUCAACCCAGUGCGGAUCUGCAGAGGUUUACCUGGUUGCUGGAACAAGUACUGGCUAAUAAAAAAGAAAUUUUAAUUAAUAAUACUUCGUGGUCAUGGAGAAUAAAAUGGAUCCUGAAACAUAGCAUAGAAUUAAUAUCACAUAAUACCAAUAGCCAAUCAACAGCAAUACCUCUGAGAGUACUUGAGACUUUUAUCAUAACGUGUGAUGACAUUAUCGACAAUGCAACAAAACGAAAUAAUUAUUUACGCGAUACAUUAAUUUAUUUAAUUAACAAUUCAUAUUUCGGCAAUUUAAUGAGUCUAUUUGAACAACAUAUUCAGUCAUUGCAAUCCACCAACAUCAUGACAGUACCAUUAACAGCUAGAAUAAAAUGUUACGUUAAUUUGAUGAAACGUCCUCUAGAAUUGUGCUCAGGAUGUGAAGAAUUUUAUGUACCUGUACUCACUAAAUUUAUUUACACUGUUCUAAUGCCGACAAUGUCUGAAGCAAUGCGGUCAUUUUUGGUACCAGCGCUGACUGAUCUACAAACUUGGCCAUACAUUGAAUUACUGAUCGUUAUAAAUAAGUUAAAUAUCAGCGAACCAACGACAAGUCUUUUCUACACCACGUUAUCAUUAGAGCCGGUUAAUUUUUCACUGUCAAAUGAUUAUAUUUUUGUAAAUUACAUUCAGGUACUUGGGUCUCUGAGUCUGACACAGAAAGCGCCGUGGAAUGUAAGAGAAUUUACAACAGGCGAGAUGGAAGAUGACAACAUGUCAACGGACAGCGGCACGGUAACUGUUGAUCAUAAUCAAGAUAUGUUAAGACAAUGCAUGAGUAUGUUGAACAACGAAGCGCGGGUGAAUCGUAUUCUCAGUGCUUUGGAGUACAACAAUGACAAUCCACUUGUCUUGGAGUAUCUAUGCCGCCUGUGCGAUAAUUUAUUGCAAACAGACAAACUAGCAACGCAUAAAUAUAAGCUCCUGUAUAUGCUCGCCUUCAAACCACUUUUUUUGCGGCGCUUAUGGGCAACAUUGUUGUCAACUCCACCUCUUUUGCAAAUGAUAUCACGUGGAAUAGCACCAACUACUGGGGAUACUAAAAAACUCGCACCACUAGUUGCUGUAUUUUGUUCACUGUUUAGUCUGCUGAUAGCAACUCUCCAUGACAAUGAAUUUUUUCGUUCAGAUGAAUCGCAGAAUGAUCAAAAUGCAAUGCCAUUCAAUACGACUGAGCUCGUACCACUGUCGGGACACCUCAAAGACAUUUGUCUAGGUCUUGUUGAAAUUAUUUUCUCCGAUACAAGACCUAUGGUACGUGACAAUCACAUGCGCGCUGUCAUUGGGUCCAUGAGCGAUACGGACGGAGGACAUUUGUCAAAACACGACACUCAAAUAUGGGAGUACUUGUUUAAAGCAACAACUGGACUACUGCGGCAACUACAUUCACGUGAUUUGCGAAGACAAUUUUGUCCAGAGGGUCAUUGGAUUAGUCCCAAACCCGAGUUUGAUUUAAUUUGGCAGCGACGUCAAGGAGUCACUGGGGGAUUAUUGAAAUCUGAUAAAGAAGCACCUAGUGGUCCGCCUCUUUCAACUAAAGAAUUGCGAGCACUGACUUUACUUAGAACGGUACCAUUUAUUGUACCAUUCAAUGACCGUGUUAUGGUACUCCAGUCAUUGAUACAAAAAGACAGAUCCGACCAGCAAGGCGAGCUUUCUCAUUUUAUGCAGGGUCCAUCAAUCCACAUCGGUGUACGUAGAAAUUAUUUGUACGAAGACGCGUUAGAUAAACUGUCACCUGAGAAUGAACCUGAGCUGAGAUUGAAAAUGCGAGUACAGUUCAUAAAUACAGCAGGUCUUGAUGAGCCUGGUGUUGAUGGCGGUGGAUUAUUUAGAGAAUUUUUAUCAGAAUUACUUAAAACGAGCUUUGAUCCAAACCGCGGAUUCUUCAGACUCACUAAAGACAAUAUGCUCUACCCAAAUCCAAAAGUUCAUUUGCUUUUUGAUGAUUUUCCAAAGCAUUAUUAUUUUAUUGGACGAAUGUUGGGCAAAGCGAUCUAUGAAAAUUUACUUGUCGAGUUACCGUUUGCUGAAUUUUUCUUAUCGAAAAUAGUUGGCAUACAGUCGGAUGUUGACAUUCACCAUCUAGACUCACUGGAUCCAGUGAUGUACAGAAAUCUUUUGUACUUGAAGAGUUACAAAGGUGACGUGGCUGACUUGGGUCUAGAUUUUACUGUUCUGUCAGACGAAUUGGGUGAACGCAGAGUCGAUGAACUAAAACCCAAGGGUUCACAGAUUCCUGUGACUAACGCAAAUCGCAUUGAGUACAUUCAUCUGAUGGCUGAUUACAAACUUAAUAAAGAAAUACGGCCUCAGUGUUAUGCUUUCAAACAAGGACUCGCUAAUGUUAUUCCUUUGGAAUGGCUCCAGAUGUUUAACAACAAAGAGAUGCAGGUUUUAAUUUCCGGAGCACAGAUUCCUGUUGAUGUUGAUGAUCUCAAACAGCAUACUAAUUACACUGGUGGUUAUGCGACAGAUCAUCCAACUAUUAAGGCUUUUUGGCGCGUUGUCGAGAAAUUUAAUAAUAAGCAAAAAGGACAGUUGCUUAAAUUUGUUACCAGCUGUAGUCGACCUCCUCUUUUAGGCUUCAAGGAACUUGAUCCACCGUUUUGUAUACAAAAUGCCGGUAGUCUAGAUCGGUUGCCUACAUCCAGUACCUGUAUGAAUCUUUUAAAACUACCAGAAUUUCCUGAUGAAGUAACGCUACGUGAAAAAUUACUUUACGCCAUUCAAGCAGGUGCUGGUUUCGAGCUGAGUUAAAUUAAAUAACUCAAUAAAUAACUUCCGUCUUUAAAUUAUUUUCAUUUUCUACCAGUACCUUUUUCUUUUUUUUUCCUCCUCGAAUUGUAAAUAUAAAUGUUGUAAAUUAAAAAUAAUAAUUUUUAAAAACAUAUAACGGUAUACGUAAUUCUCUGUGAGGUAAUUAGAAGUUAUUAAUGCGUGAUUAAUAAUAAGGGCGUGAAAGGUAAAAAUUAAGUGAUUUAUUAUUGAUAAAUAAUAAAUAUAUGUAAUCAUUGGUGUAAAUAAAAUUAUUCCUU